GCUCUACUUAAACCGCACAACUUGAUCCACAAUUGCAGGAUGGUAAUGAUAUUUGAAGAAUACAGUCAUCUGCACUAUGUUUAAACCAAGGUGCUAUCUGCGUCAAAUUCACUUCCAGGAAAGAAGUCGUAAUCCUGGUAAGAGAUGUCUACACCCUAUCAACCACCUGCGAUACUCGUCAAACACGACUGAAGGCGUUAUGAAAUCUUCUUCGAGACAUGUAAAACCUACGGAUACCAAAAUAAAUGCCACAGAGAAAACACCAACCAAAAAGAAGACACAAUCGGAAUUAGAUAAAGAGCUAGAGCUGAAGAUGAAGGGUCUCGCAGGUGAUGGUGGCGAGGCUGGCGUCGAACUGGAGGAUGGCCAGCCAGUCUCCAUGAAACGUAGCGUGCGCAACAAUAUGUUCAGAUACAUUUGAACUAUGUAAGCCAUCCGGAAAGCCGACACGUCUGUCCGCCACGUGUUAUUCACGACGCUCCUGUUCAAAAGGAAGAGCCUAGCCUCAAUUGUAAUUAUUCAAUGACGGACGCUCAUCGAGU